GAAAACAACAUCAUGACUACAGAUCGCAAAAUCGUUAUUGUAGGUGGAGGGCUUGUGGGACCAGUAUGUGCCUUGUAUAUGUCUAAACGUGGAUACAACGUUACACUGUACGAAUGUCGAUCUGAUCCACGAGAGUGUGGGUAUACGAGAGGAAGGUCAAUCAAUUUGGCAGUUUCCAAUCGAGCUCGUAAAGCCCUACGCGAAUUGGGCUUGGAGGAAGAUAUACUUAAGGUUAGCGUACCGAUGAGAGGACGAUACCUACACCAACCAAACGGGAAACAUGUGCCUAUUUUUUAUGACCCCAAAAACAAAGAAUGUAUCUACUCGGUCUCGCGGAAUUAUUUGAAUAGACGGUUACUUGACGCAAUGGGUGAAUAUAAUAACCUUCAAAUAAAAUUUGAUCACAAACUUGUGGAUGCCAAAAUCGAAAGUGGACAGCUUAAGUUUUUACAAACGAAAACCAAUGUCACCAUCGACGUUCGAGCUGAUUUAAUAAUUGGCGCAGACGGAGCUUAUAGUACCAUGAGAAGAUAUAUGAUGCAAAAGCCCAUGUUUGACUAUAAUCAAACGUACAUAAACCAUGGAUAUGUCGAACUGACUAUCACGCCCGAGUAUGGACAUUUAUUAGCUCCUAACUAUUUGCAUAUUUGGCCGAGAUCCGACUUUAUGAUGAUAGCUUUGCCCAAUAGCGAUCAUUCUUGGACUGUUACUCUUUUUAUGCCAUUUAAACAAUUUGAACAAUUAGAUCAUCGCGACCAAUUAAUGAGUUUCUUUAACAAGCUAUUUCCCGAUAUUGUACCAUUAAUCGGCGAAGAACAGCUCGUCGAACAUUUUUUCAAAAUCAAGCCCUCAGCUUUGAUGUAUGUGAAAUGUAGCAAAUUUCACACCGAUGCGAAGUCACUGCUGUUAGGAGACGCCGCCCAUGCAAUGUUGCCUUUUUAUGGACAAGGAAUGAACGCCGGUUUUGAAGAUUGCGCAAUUUUCAACUCCGUUCUUGAAUACUGCAAUGAUAACAUUUCGAUGGCAUUAGAGGCUUAUACAGAGAGAAGACGAAAUGACGCGCACGCCAUUUGUGAACUCGCUCUCUAUAAUUACGUGGAAAUGCGAGACUUAGUAAUCCGACCAUCUUUCCGCAUACGAAAGUUCGUGGAUAAUAUUUUAUUCAAUUUAUUUCCAGAAUAUUGGAUACCACUGUAUAAUUCAAUUACUUUCACUGAGAUGGGUUACAAAAAUUGUAUUUCGAACAGAAGUUGGCAAGAUAAGUUUAUACUCUGCGCUUUUGUAAUUAUAUCAACUGUGGUGGCACUGGUUGCUGCAAUUUAUGUACGCCUGUAAGGGCUUUUUACGUAGCAAUAAA